UGGGAGCCGCCAUUUUGCGCCACAGAAAGGCGCGUUUUAUUUUAGAAAAGUUCCGCUCCCUGUCCUGUCCGUGUCCCGACUGCCUGCGGGCCUGGGUUCUCCCACACACAGAUGUUUCCUGUUGCCUUCUAGUUCCAGGAUCUGCGCCCCAGCUAGGCCUUGUUUCCUUCCGGCUUGACCUGUUGACCCCCUACGUUAAGGCCCCCAAUAUGGCUUCUGCCUGCGCUCCAUCCCUGCAUCCCCCGGUCUCUCCUCCGAGGACCCCGGCACCUCCGCCGCCGAGCACCCUGGACGGGGCUCUUGCAAUUCCUCCCCCGAGCCUCCAGGCACCCGUUCCACCACCGCCGCCGCCACCUCCCCCAGUGACAGCUGCCACCUUGGGGACCUCUCCGCCUCAUGUCUUCGGCCUGCAGAAGAGCCGACUCCUGCAGGAGGCCUGGGCGAGGGCCGGCCCGGUCCCGUCAGGCAGAGAGGAUGUGAGGAGGCUGCUGAGGCUGCGCAAGGACCGCUUCCGCAGUGACCUGCAGUGGAUCCUGUUCUGCGUGGACCUUCCCUCCUGCAUCCAGGAAGGCCCUCAGUGUGGGCUGGUGGCCCUGUGGAUGGCGGGCACUCUGCUGUCACCCCCCAGUGGGGUUCCCCUGGAGAAGUUGGUGCAGGUGGCCAUGGAGAGGGGCUACACAGCCCAGGGAGAGAUGUUCUCUGUGGCCAACAUGGGCCUGCUGGCACGGGAGGCGCUGGGCUGCCAGGCUGAGCUACUCUCAGGGGGCCUGGGCGGAACCAACAGGGAACUGGUCCUGCAGCACCUGGUCGUUGGACACCCCGUGCUCAUCCCCUACGAUGAGGACUUCAACCACGAGCCGUGCCAGAGGAAAGGCCAUAAAGCCCACUGGGCCGUCAGUGCAGGAGUCCUGCUGGGUGUGUCUCACACGCCAGGCCAUGGCUACACCGAGGACCCUGAGCUGCCUGGCCUGUUCCACCCGGUGUCCGGUAUGACCUGCCAGCUACCGGUCCUGCCAGGGGAGGUUGCCCCAGGAGCCACUUACCUUCUCUGCAAGCAGGGAAAGAGUUGGAACUACCAGCUGUGGGACUAUGACCAGGUCCAGGAGAGCAACCUGCAGCUCACUGACUUCUCGCCCUUGCGGGCUGCCGACGGCCAAACAUACGUGGUACCCACUGGUGGGGUGCAGGCCGGCCUCUGUGGCCAGGCCCUGCUCCUCAGGCCAGGGGAUUCCAGCCCGUAGCCGGGGCUGUCACUGCUUGGAGCGUUCUAGCCUGUCCCUUAGGGCCUUCAGCAGCUUGAGCAUUGCCUGGCCCCACCUGGGAGGAGCCCCUCAGACCCCAUACCCCAUGCACUCCACCUGGACAUCACAUCUACCCCUUCCAUGCCUGCGCCACUGCCACCCUGACCCCUGCCUGCCUGCCAAGUCAGCUUGCUGCUCAGCUCGACUCAUAUACCAUACCCUCAGGGAAGGUCCCCUCGGCCUCAAGCUGGGCACCCCUGCCCCAGGCAGCCUCAGGUAUGACCUCUGCUCACCAGCUCCUCCGGCCUUGCAAGGAGCUGCUAGAUGCCGCCCACUGGACAGAUGGCAAGACUGAAGCCUGGAGAGUGGCCAGUGGCCUCAGGUCAUAUGGCUGACAGGUGGCAGGGCCAGAAUUCAAGCCAGACUUGGGUUGCUACAGCCAAGCCACCUGCUACUCCUUGAACUCCCUGGUGCUGACCACAAACUGCUUUAUCUGUAGUCACAGGCCCAUGUGCAAGGCGUACAUCUAGUAAUUAGUAGAAAAUGAGAUUUUAAAAAUUUAUUUUGAUAGAAACACCUCUGAAAUCCACACAGGGUAGGCAUUUCCUUGGCCCUUUUGGAGCUCCCUCCUGUGCCUGGGUUUCAGCAUUUUUGCACCACAAUAAAUGUAACCUUUUGA